CUGAGUGGAGGAGGAUACGCUGAGAUGGUAGCUGUUCAAGAAGGAUUGGUAUUUCCUAUCCCCAAAAGUAUUUCUAUGGAGGAGGCUGCUAGUUUCCCUCAAGUGGCUUGUAGUGUUUGGGCCGCACUUUUUAUGGAAAACAAGCUAUGUUUUGAAUAUUGGUUACCCGCUGGUAGGAACAGUCGGCUAAUUGCCGGUGAAACUAUAUUGGUUCAUGGGGGAUCCGGGGGAAUUGGUUCAUUUGCAGUACAGUUAGCAAAAGCCCGGGGUGUAAAGGUGAUUGUCACAGCAGGUAGUGACAAGUUAGAGUUCUGUAAGACACUUGGAGCUGAUGCAUGCAUCAGUUUCAAUUACAAGGACAAGGAAGAUGACUUUAUUGAAAGGGUAAAUAGAGAAACAGAUGCCAACAAAGGUGUUGAUGUCGUCUUGAGUAGCCUCCCGAUUGAAUAUAUGCCAUGGAACCAUGCCUGUGUUAAGCAAGGUGGGACAGUUAUUAAGAUCAAUGGUUGUUGGAUGCUACCAAAAGAUACUCGUGCUAGCACUCCACAGCCAAAAAAAGUGAAUUCUGAGCUUCAGGCGAACUUGAACAUAGGAGUGGCUGGCUUUCGGUUUAGAAAGCUAGAAGAGAGAGCAAAAGUUGUCGAGGAGGUACAGAAGCAUGUGUGGCCGUUAAUAGAAGUUGGUAAGGUAAAACCUGUUGUGCAUCAUCGUUUUCCAUUCGCUAAAGCAGCAGAGGCUCACCGGCUCAUGGAGAGUGGCAAGCAUUUUGGAAAGAUCCUGCUUAUUCCUAAUGACAGAUUUGAGAAUUCAAGGAUAGAACAGAGUUAAAGAGGAGAAGUUGGAAAAACUUGGGGAUGAUUUAAAUGGGCGACUUCAAUUGCAGGAAUCUAAUUGCAGUUAGUAAAUUGCAAAGACUUUCAUGAGCAAGAUUUAGACCAAGUACAUUAGCAAAUUUUAUGUUUGAACAAAUUAGCUG